AUGGCAACCCUUAGAUUUCAUACUAUUAUUUCAAAUGAUUUACAAAAAUACAAGAACGCACUGUUAUGUCUUGGGACUGGCCUUGGGAGUCUUGAAGUAAUUUCUGUAUUUUUGAGAUCAAAUUUAGAUGCAGACGCCAAAAAUUUGUGGAUUUUGCUUAAUUUUAGCCAGCAGGAAAUCAGCACGCUGACUUCAUUAUUUGAGGUAGUUGACAUUGGGAGUGAAAAGAUUGAUAGCCGAUCAAGGGAAAUUACUUAUAAAAAAGGAGGAGCUGUGCAUGUAACAGGAAGAACGGCUGUUACAGAUAUUUUAGAAGAAAAAAUAGACCCAAAUAAGGUAAAAGGAAUUGUGAUACAUAAUGUUGACAAGCUGGGGUCAGCUUGUAAUGAAAUGUUUAUUGUAAAUUUAUUAUUGGAAAAAAAUCCAGAGAUUUCUGUAAAAUUAGUCACAGAAAACCCUUUUUGGGUGAAUUUAAAUGAUAUAAAAGAAUUCGGGAUAUCAAAAGUAUUGUGCUGACCUAAAAGUAGAUAUGAGAUUGCUGAAGAGCUUGAAAACUUCGCUGGAAACUGACAAAAAAUAACGCUUCAGCCAUCAGGCGCAGCUCUCAAAAUCCAUAACUUGCUUAUAGAUAUGCUGCAAGUGUGUAUUAAUGAAAUAAAAAGGUCUAAUAAAAACUUUGAUCUUCAAGAAAUUGACUUACAAUCAGCAGUUCGCCAAAUCAAGACUGAAACCGCAAGGAGGAGGCAGAAGGUGCCGGAGUGAUGGGGGAUAGACCUUCUGGACUGGAGUCGAAAAGCUGUAGAGCCUUACAUAUGGGAGGUAUUUGGUGGCUGCGCCACCAAUAUGGCCUAACGCCUGGCUUUAAAUAACCUACCUACAAUCAGCAGUUUGAAAAAGCAUUAUCAGAUAUUGAAAUCCACAAUGGACUUUAAAUUGAGAAAUUUGCCUUCAAAAACCAAAACACUGUGUGAUAAUAUCGAACAAGUCAGAAAAAUGCUGAAGAAAUUGGAGCAUUGUGACAGUCUUGAAUUUUUAGAAUAUUUGCUGAGAUUUAUGAAAUUUAUAAGAGAGCAGGUGUCAGAUUAUAGGGCGAGUGAAGGAAUUUGGCAUAAUAUGGAAAAUGAAACAGAAGAGUUGAUUAAGGUAGCUAGAGACAGAGUGAUCAAAAUUGAUGAAAAUAAUGUAAAUUUCAAUCUUUCACCAAGCAAAAAAUGAGAAACACUCGGAAAAAUGGUUAAAAAUACUAUAGAAACUGAAGAAAGCGGAUCUAUUUUAAUUAUUAACCCAUAUAGUGUCCACCAAGCUUAUCUUAAGCAAUACAUUGUCGCCUAUUUAAAAGGAACUCCUGAGGUGAUCUUAGAGUUCAAGCUGAAAUGUCUUCUAGAAUCUUUUAAUCCUCUGCUUACUUAUGAGUCUAAAAAUCAGCUAAUCCAGGAGCAGCUUAGCAACAUGUUAAAUGAGCUGAAAUCUAAAUAUGAAGUUUCUUUUUCUUUGCACCCUUCAGAAUCUUUUCCAACCCCAGUAUUCAACAAAGAGCUUGAUGAAAGUGAUUUAAUAUUGCAGGAAUAUGUAUUAGACUCAUUUGGAUACUCAUGAAAUGACUUCCAAGUUCCUAAUUGAGAUAUUAAGAUCUUAAAUCGUCAUCAAAUUGAUAAUUUUAUGAAUAUUAACCCAACGCAUAUAUUUAUUUGUUCUUAUGAUCUGUCAUUGAUAAGGAAAAUCGAAAUUUAUGCUGCGAUAUGUAGGGACUUGGAAUUUCCUUUAAAAAAUGUUGUGCUGUUUGCGGCACCGUUGUAUGAAAACUUGCUUUAUUCGUUUUCGCAGCAAGCGGAAAUAGCUGGUUUUAAGCAUUUGUUGACUUGUGAGAUACCUAGAGUGAUUUCUCUAGCCCCCCUUUGAAAUUGGAACCAAAGAAAUCUGUUUAAUUUAAAGGGGCUUUUUUUGAAAAAACAGUAAAUUUUUUCAUGAAUAAAUUUAUUUCUAUUAAAAAAUCUAAAUUGAACACAUAUUUUUAAAUUUUGAUUUAUUUUUAUGCAUAAUUAAUAUAAAAUAUUAAUUGCUUCAGAGCACGUCAAAUGUAUAAAAGAAUUCUACUUUUACUACCCUGCUAAAUUAAAUCAAAAUUAUUUUUAUAAAUUUAGGAGGGGAAUAAGAGAAAAUGCUGCAAAAAUCAUAGUAGAUAAAAGAGAGUUUUCAAGCAUCCUCCCAUAUGAGCUAUACAAGCAAGGAAUCCGAGUAAUCCCAGCCCAGCUGCAAGUAGGAGACUACAUAUUAUCACCUUCUAUCUGCGUUGAAAGAAAAAGUGUGACAACAGAUGACAUUUUCCAGUCCCUAAGCUCUGGAAGGCUUCAUGACCAGCUUAUCAAAAUGAAAUCAUACUACGAUCGUUGUGUCCUUUUAAUAGAAUUCCGUGAAGACACAGAAUUUUCUUUAUCUGCAACCAACAGCCGCUCAAUAGCCUGUCUUCAUUUAUCCCAGCUUUUAAACAAAAUCCCAGGCAUAUCUCUUUUAUGGUCCACAAGCCCUGAGCAAUCCGCCCGUUUUUUCCUUAAAAUUAAGCAAAAUCAGCCAGAUCCUAUCCUUUCUGAAGCCCUCCACAAAGGCUGCAGCUCCUCUGACGCCCUUUCAAUGCUUCCUUCAAUCCCAGGAAUAUCUGGUCAAGCAUAGGUAGCAACCCCACACCCCCACCCCCCUAAAAAUGGUACCCCCACCCCCCUUUCACACAGAUGGCACCCACCCCCCCCUCUCGGGUUUAUUCUAUAGAAGUAAUUGAUAGGAAAUAAGCAAAAUAAAUUAAAUAUAACCCAAUUAAAACACUAUAUUGAUAAAUUAAGUCCACAAAUUACUUUAUAUUUAUGAUUAAUUAAUAAAUUUAAAUUAAUUAGCAAUUAAUUAGAAAUAUAUAUUAAUUUUGCUUUUUAUAUUUAUAAAUAUAAUGCCAAAGAUAUAGAUAAUGGCAUUAAUUAUUAAAUGAACCAAGCACAACACAAUAACUUGCAUUAAAUUUAUUGAUUCAUACAUUAAAGCUAAUCUAAUGUCCAUUGUACAAGGAUUGCAGGACUGAAUUGGUAACAGGAUUCAAUAGUGGUGCCAUUUUUUAGGGGGGGUGAGGGUGGGGUACCAUUAAAAAGGGGGGGGUGGGGGUACCACUUUUAGGGGUGGGGGUGUGGGUUGCGACCUAUGCUUGACCAAAUAUCCUCAGAAAACAUUCACAUAAUUCUCCAAAAUUUCGCCUCAAUCUCCAAAAUUGCCCAGUCCUCCCAAUCAGACCUUGAAAAACUCAUAGACCCUAAAUCAGCAGGCUUAAUUUUCUCGUUUUUUAACAGCCAAACUGUUUCCCAUAGACUUAAUUAA